AUGCUCAGGGUUCCAGCACUGUGGGCCUGCGCAUCUUCCUCGGUGGCACUCGUGCAGGUGAACGAGGGUGCCGUAGCGAUUUGUUGCGUCGUCGCCCUACCGUGCGAUGCCGUGUCCUGGGAAUUCGAGUGCGCUAUCACUAUUAGUGCGAAGUCUGCCGCGGUGCUCACUGCGCAAGACUUCUCUCGCGUGGAGACGCGUAAGGUAUUCUUCUUGAGUGGGCCGUCGUCAAGAAAGCAACGCUUCAUUGAAGCACCGUUUGGUACCACCGGGGCAUCGGACACUCUUAGCAUUUGGACACCGCACCACACGUACGUGGCAAAGACGGUUCUUCUAGAAGGGCUCCGUGUAAGUUUUCGGGGAUCGCAGGAUCGUCUUUUUGCAAGCAUGGUUGGCCGCUACGUCGUUGUCGGUUGCGAAGUGGAAACAGACGAUGGGAUCUACCAUGUGAAGUCGGUUGAGCUUCAAAGUGGUUACCGUGGUCUGGCGCUUGUGUGUGCAACGACGCGUGUGAAGCUCAACCAUAGGCCUGCCCUAUCUAGUCAGAAGCCUGCCGUGCUCGUUGGUCUGAAAGAUCAGGCGUGCGAAGUGGGUGCGAUUUUGAGGGCUAUGGAGAAGCGCCCCGGCAGUUGGAUCGGCGUGGCUGUGGAUGCCCCACGUGGAUGUGGGGCGAUGACGCUGAUUAAGCAGUGUGCGGCUGAGAUCCACGCAGUACUGGUGCGCUGGUCCCCAACAACUAUUUGGGACCGGCUGGAAGAGCUGUGGGGCGCGCGUCUUGUGGUGCUGUGCAUUCCAUCAAUGAAUGUUAUUUUUCCACCAUCCGAAGACGCGCUGGCGAAACUGACGGCACGGGUUUUGCUUCGAGACAUCGACCGCUUGGUCGGAGAGCGCAAUGGAACAAGAGCCGCGGUGGUGUUGGUCGGCAUCACCGACAGUGGCGUCUCCGACGCGGUAAGCGCGUUAUUCUCCGUAAAGGUGACAGUGGAGCUUCCAGAUGUCUACACCCGGGCCGCCCUUUUGGCUCAGGUGCGCGGCGGUGAGAAGGAGAACUACAUGAAUGAGGCACACACGCUCGUGGGACACACCAGUGCUGCUGUUCUUGAAUUCGCACGGGGUCCCUCGCGUGUGCACAAACCGCCUAUCAAGCCGCUGCUAUGGUCCGAAAUUGGGGGUCUUGACGAUGUGAAAGAACGUCUGCGCCGUGCGUUGAUUCUUCCCCGACUCCAACCUGAGGCAUUCGCGCGAUUUGGUGUUGUUCCUCCCCGGGGGAUUUUGCUAUACGGUCCGCCAGGGUGCGCCAAGACGAGCCUGGUAAAGGCGCUAUGCUCGGAAGGCUGCUUCUCCUUCAUCUACCUGGACUCCGCCACACUAAUCAGUGCAUACGUGGGGGAAUCGGAGAGGCAGUUGCGAGAUGUCUUUAGAAAGGCUGCAAGGCAGACGCCGUGCAUUGUCUUUUUUGACGAGGUGGAGGUGUUGGGCGGCAAGAGAGGGGCGGGGUCCCACGACGGCGAUCAGGCGCGUCUGCUCUCAACAUUACUGACCGAGAUGGACGGAUUCAUCGGGUCUAGUGGAGUUUGCUUCGUGGGCGCCACCAACACACCGCAUCUUCUUGACAGCGCCCUGCUGCGUCCAGGUCGCUUUGACUACUUGGUGUAUAUUCCUCUCCCGCCACGGGAUGACCGCAGGGAGAUUCUUGCCCUCACACUCGCCGGCACGGCGGCGGAUGUCGACGCGCUGGCGGACGCUACCGAAGGAUUCAGUGGUGCCGACCUCACAUCGCUUACCUCAGGGGUUCUACUGGAACUGCUGGAAGGGUCGGAGGAAGGCAUCGCCCCAAGCUGUCUCAAUGACGCUGUAGCCCUAACCGAUAUUCUUCAAGCUCGUAUAAGGACGUUUCAUAAGACGGCGUACGAUGUCGCGGCACUUGAAGAGUUUCACAAGGAUUGCUCUUCCUUUGGCAGCUCAAUGUGA